UCCAAUUUUUUUUCCAUCUAUCAUCUUUUUCAUUCAAAUUGUAUCUGUGUGAAUGAAUGCGUGUGAAUGUUUUUUCGGUUUUGAUAGUUGGUUUCGAUUAGAACCAUACUCAAUUGAUAUGAUAUGAUUCAUGUUUUAUUAAUAAAUCAAAAAAACCUUCGAAUAACUAAUAAGAAAAAUUACGAAAAAUUCUCGAAUCGAAUCAACCACCAAUGCGCCGACACAUACAUUAGUAUGAACAUUGUUCCAAGAAAUCAAAUCGUCAAUUAUGUUUGCGAAUUUUCAUUUUUUCGGAAAUUAUUUCUUUUCGCUUUCUCAUCUAGAUUAAUCGAAUGACAAACAUAAUUUCAAUCAGUCUAUUCGAAUAAAUUGAUUAUGAUGAUGUCCACGCUCAUGCCCGUCAUAAAUACUGUUAUCAUUUCAGCCCAAGAUUUUCAUCAUCACAAUCAUCAUCAACAUCAUCAUCGUCAUCGACAUCGAAAUCAUUCCAGGAAAAAUGUGGCCUUAUUUCUAAUACAAAUGAAAAAUUUAUUAAUAUUUUUAUCAUUUACAAUUGUGUUUAUUGAUUAUUCAUUCCAAUAUGGAUACUGUGAUGCAAAACAAUUGAUCUCAUCAUCAUCAUCAUCAUCAUCAUCAUCAAUGAAUCCAUCACGAUUUUUUUCACAACAACAACAAAAACUACCAUCGAUACUAUUGUUGCCAUCAACGAUACCAUCCACGAUGACAACGACGACAAAGACGACGACAUUAGCACCAAAACCUGAACAUAAAACAUAUCCUGAUCAAAAUGUACUUGUCGGUCGUAUAGCACAUUUACCAUGUCAUUUGGCUGGACAUCAAUUUUUCGAUGAUAAAGAACCUGUACAAGAAUCGGAAGAUGAUCCACCACCUGAAAUAUUAUUACAGCAACAGCAGCAGCAAAAACAACAGUCACAAACAAAUAUACAAUCAUCACAGCCAUUAGAUAUGAUACAAUUGAUACUUUGGUAUCAUGGUGAUGAUAUAUCCGGUUCACCAUUCUAUAGUGUUGAUGCCCGUUUACAGCAACAGCCAUCAUCAUCAUCAUCAUUGAUGAAUAAUCAGAAUGAUUCAUUCAAUACUAAUCAACAACAACAGAAUCCAAUUACAAAUCAAUGGAAACAUUUUCUAAUGGAUCCAUAUAAUGAACGUGCCAAAUUUGUUGUUAAUCAUCAUACUAUUUAUAGUAAUCAACAACAACAAGAACAAACAACAAAAAAAAUAUUUGACAAUUUUCAACAACAACAACAACAAUCAGGAAAUAUUUUAAUCAAUCCAUUUAUGUUGAUUAUUGAUCCGGUACAGGAACAAGAUCAAGGCCUUUAUUGGUGUCGUGUUGAUUAUCGUUGGACCCGUACAACUAUCUCAAAAGUAAAGCUCAAUGUAUAUGUUCCACCAAAAACGUUGACAAUCUAUUACUGGUCAUUUACAUCGAUUAUUCAUCAUCAAUCAUCAUCACCAACAUUAUCAUCAGAAUUUCUUAAUAAUAAAAACAAUACGGAAAUUGAUUUAUUUGAACAAUUUAAACUUGAAUUACAACAAAUUCUUUAUCAACAACAAACAUUAUUGUUGAAUCAAAGUCAUAAUAAGAAUCAUCAUUAUCAAACAUUAUUUAACCACCAUCGUUGGCAAUCAUUAUCAUCAUUUUUUCCAUUGAAAGUGAUUGAAAUUAAAUCAAUUAAUGUUAUGAUUGAUUCAAGUGCCCCUAAUAAACAACAACAACAACAACAAUCUUCAUAUCAACAACAACGUACACAAUAUAUACCGAUUAUCAAUGUUGAUGAACAUUUGGAUGCAAUAUUCGUAUGUGAAUCAUUGGGUGGUAAUCCAUCACCAACAAUACAUUGGUAUUGGAAUAAUCGUCGAUUAGAUACAAUGGGAAUGACUUCAACGAUAUUUCAAUGGCAAAAUUUUACAUUGAGAUCAACAUCAUCAUCAUCAAUGGAAAAUAAUGAUUCACGAUUCAAUGUGAUCAAUAUUGGCCUUGUUAAGAAUCAAACGAUUUAUGAUCAUAUUAUUAUUCGACAUUCAUCAUCAUCAUCAUUAUUUAAUGUUACAAAAAAAUUACCAACAUCUGAAAAUAAUUCAAAACAUCGAAUACUAAGCAUAUUAUUUAUACGACAUAUAGAACGUAUGGAUCAAGGUACAAUCAUUCGUUGUCAAUCAACAAAUUCACCACAAGUGCCUCAAUCAAAAUCAUUGAAUAAAUUAUUCAAAAUUAAUGUUAAUUUGAAUCCAACAAAAGCACAGAUUGUUGAUGUAAGACGUGAUGGUAUGACCAUUGGUAGUAUGGUACAUGCUACAUGUCUUACAUGGGGAUCGAAACCACCAGCUAAAAUAUUCUGGUUCAUACAUGAUCGGCCAUUAUCGGAUAUUAGUGAAAUUAUAUUCGAUACAAAUAUGACGACAAAAUCACAGGUUCAUUUUCAAUUACAAUCAAUUGAUAAUGGUCGUCAAUUAACUUGUAUUGCCUUACGUUUACGGAAUUCAUACGAUUUUGAGCCCGAAUUAAAUCUGGAACAGCAACAACAACAAAAUGAUCAUCAACGUCCGAAUACAAAUAAAAUCGAAACGAUAAUCAUUGCAGAAAUUCUUCAACAACAACAAUCAUCAUCAUAUCGUAUGAAUAGUAAAAAAAAUUCGUGGAUCAAUAUAGAACAACGAGAAAAAUUGUCCACAGAAUCUCAACAACAAACAAAAAAAUUUAUCAAAAAACGUAGAAAAACAACAACAACAACUUGAAAAUCAAAAUAAUACUCAAAAUGGUGGUGAUGGUGAUGAGGAUGUGAACAACAUUGUUAUUGGCAAUAUCAAUAAUAAUCAUGGCAAUAACAUGAAUCGAUCCAAAACAACGAUCGAUAUCAAUGACAAUUCUUCUGAUGGUGAUAUUGAUAAUAAUAGUAGUGGCAAUAAUAUUGAUGAUGAUGAUGAUGGUAAUG